AUGUAUCCUAUUUGCAGAAAAGUGGGUACACAGCAGUGCAUGAUACCAGUUGUUGGAAAGGAGGAGAUAAAUGAGUUAACACCGCCAGGAGAUCAGUUGGAAGAACAGGCCAGAACUGGAAUCAUUGAGCCCCAUUUAGAAGCAGAUUUGAGUGCUAGGAGGAAGAACACCAACCUGAAACUCAAUCUGAAGCCACAAGAACUGGCUCAGUUGGAUCAAGGUCUCAUGGAGAGACUCCCGGACAAUGUGGAUAUCCUCACGUUGAAUGAAGCUGUCUAUCAGAUAGUUCUUUCCAGAACUCGGCCCAAGCCUAAAGAUGGUGGCUUCAUAUUCAAAGCCAGGAAGAGGACGAGACAGCUUCAAAAGAAAAUAUCGACGGAUAGACAGCAGGCAUCCAAAGUUCAAAGUGUGAUUGACUUCUUGAAAGCAGGAAGAGUAUUUACCCCAAGAAAAAGGAGGAUAGCUCAUAAGAUAAGACAACAGCAUCAUACUUUGAAUGUGAAAGUACUUCUCACUAUCAAACAACAUUGUAUAGACAGGAUACAGGCACUGAAAAUUGCUCAACAGUCCUUGAAAAAUAGAGUUGAAUGGGUUGAUGAUAAUGCUACAUUCAGGCUCAACCCUUCAAGACUGUUGGAGGGACAAAAACCUGUAGAAGCAAACAAUGCACUACCUGCUGUAGAGGAGAUUGAAGCUUUCUGGGGGUCAAUCUAUGAGGUUCAGCCUCUGCUAAAUAAGGAUACUCCUGCCUUGGGGGCCUUUGCUGACAUGUGCAGAUCCAUACAGAAUGAGAGGGAAGAUUGUGCACCAGUAACUGAGGAGGAGGUGAGAGGAGUGAUUAGAGGCUUAAGGAACUUCGCCUCACCAGGCCCUGAUGGUAUUAGUGGGUACUGGUGGAAACAUCUGCCUUGUACCCAUCGUCACUUGGCACGGAUAUUCACCAAUUAUUUGUGUGAACAUCACCCCAUUCGAGGUUGGCUGGUGGAAGGAAGAACAAUCCUUCUACCCAAAAAGGGUGAUUUGUCCAACCCAGGCAAUUAUACACCAAUCACCUGCCUGAAUGUCUGCUACAAGAUCCUUACAAGGAUCAUAAGUGAUCGAAUAUUGCAGCACAUUCAGCCAGUAUGGCAGCAGUGUUAUGAGCAGAGGGGCAGUAAAAUGAACAUGGCAGGCUGA